AUGAAUCCUGGUGAUAAUCAAACUAAUAAUUACAGUAAUAAUAACCAGAGGAAGAAAUUCCAGGGACCUAAAAGGGAUGCUAUUAUGGAUCUAGCCCAAUACAAAUAUCAAAGCAUCCGCGUGCAAUUGACUGAUAACAGAGUUGUAACAGGUACUUUAAAAGGAUAUGAUCAGUUGAUGAACAUGGUACUAGAUGAUGCUAUAGAAUAUAUAGGGGAUGAAUUGGAUUCUACUUUAUUAGUAGGUAAAAGAAAACUGGGCUUUUGUGUUUUAAGAGGUACUUUGUUGAUAAUGAUCAGUCCGAACUAUAUGCAACAAAAACAAGAAUCAGAAAAGUGA